UUCCCCACCCAAAACAAAUUCAUUUCUCUUCUUGUUUUUUCUCGACAAGCAAAUAAAAAAAGGUUCGUUUUCAUUGGAAUCAAAGAGACCAAAUCCCCAAAACUGUCACUUGUAACAUCAGAAACUGAGAAUUAUUCCCAUUCUAUUGGGUCUUUCUUUAUCUAAAACAUCAUAAUAUAUAUGUUCUGUUCUACUUCUGCAACUUUCUAAGAAAAAAUUUGCAGUAUUGUCCAAGUUAGAUAAGUUGACAGGUAGUUUGAGACAGAGGGACUACAUAUUAAGUGGAUUUUUGACACAAAUACAAGGUCUGGGCUAAAGUUAAUUGGUUAUAGGUACUGUUGUAGUGCUGAGCCAGGAACUGCAGGAACAUUGACUAACUAAACAUAUUCUUUGUGUGGGCAAUCCAAGAUGGAUUUACACAAGGAAGGUGAUAGAGGCUCAGCAAAGCAGAAGAAGGUCAAAAUUGUUUUUGUUAUAGGUGGUCCGGGGAGUGGUAAAGGAACACAAUGCAAAAGAAUAGCACAACAAUUUGGAUACACUCAUCUUAGUGUUGGCGAGAUUCUACGUCAAGAAAUCAGUUCUGGUUCUGAAACUGGCUCUAUGAUUCAGAAAAUUAUGAAGGAGGGAAAGCUUGUUCCGUCGGAUGUAACAGUGAGGCUUCUUCAACAAGCCAUGCAGGGAAUCAAUAGUGACAAAUUCCUUAUCGACGGCUUCCCCCGGAAUGAAGAGAAUGUUAAAGCAUUUGAGGAUCUUACAAAAAUGGAGCCUGAGUUUGUCCUUUAUCUAGAUUGUCCACAAGACGAAAUGGAGAAGCGCUUGCUAUCAAGAAAUGAGGGAAGAGAGGAUGAUAACAUCGAGACAAUAAGGAAGCGAUUUAAAGUUUUUAUGGAGUCAACUCUCCCUACAAUUGAAUACUAUGAAUCAAAGGGGAAAAUUAGGAAGGUUGAUGCUGGAAAAUCUGUUGAUGAGGUUUUUGAAUCCAUCAAAGUCAUUUUCUCACAAGGAAAAGAUAACAAGGUGCCACCAAGCAGACACAAGUGCAAAUGCUUGAUACUUUGAAUGGAUGAGUGUCUUCAACGCUUGAUCAUUUACAAAUAUAUUUAUAAAUGCGCGAGAUUUAACUUAUAGAUACUAUCCGUGUGCUUGAACUUGUUGCAAUAAGUCAUGUCCUGGUUAUGAAUCCACUUAUUAUUGACGGCUAAAGGCCAAUAGUCGUCCUUCUGGGGAUUUGAUUGUGUGAAAAAUUAUAUCGCAAGUGUAUAUAAGCUUAACUUUGUAUCGUAUGAUAUCUAUCAUUUUUCUUGUUGAUGUAUGAAAUGCAAGGCAUAAUAAUGUGUUAUGAA